AUGAGUAACUGUAAAUAUAUAUAUUUACCUGAAAUUAAUGAAAAUGAAAAUAUAUCUUCUUUAAAAGGAAGAAAAUAUAUAAAUAAAAAAAGGAGUUUGAGUAAUAAGAUAAAUAAAAUAUUAUUAACAAAUAAUAAUUUAAAUAAUAACAGAGAAAUUAAUAUUAUAAUGGAAAAUACAAAAAAAAAAUUAGAAUUUUGUGAUAUGAAUAAGGACAAAUAUAAUAAAAAAAAUAAUGAUAAUGAAGAAGAUUAUUUUAAUAAAUCUAGAAUAUCUAAUAUUUUAAAGUGCUUUAACAGUUUAGAUAAAAAAAUUUCAAUCUAUGAAUAUGAGCAUUUAUUAAAAAAAAUGUUAAUAAAAAACAAUAACAUAAAUAGAACUAAAAGUCAAAAAAAAACGAAAAUUCUAAAUAACGAUAUAAAAUUAAAUAGUAUUACAAAUAAUGUUAAUUACAUGCAUAUUAAUAAUGAUAAUAUAGUUAACCCCAAUAAUAUCGGAAAGGGAUAUGCUAGUGAUAGUAAAAUUUAUAUUUGUAAAAAAAAUAAAUUAUCAGAUAAAAUAUAUUAUAAAAAAAAAAAAAGAUUAAAAUACACCAUGAUAAAUGAAAAAUAUUAUGGUCCCAUCAAGUCAGACAAAGAUGAUAACAAUGUAAUUAUAAAUACUCAUCCAUCAGAUGCAAAAAAUAAAAAUAAAUUAAAAUCAAUUACAUAUAAAAAGAAAAUGAAUCAAAUUAAUAAAAUUUUAUAUAAUUUAAAUCAUUUUAACAAAUUUAACAAUCUUGAAUUAAAAAGAGAAAAUAAAAAAAAAAAAAAAAAAUAUUCUAAGGAAAAAAAUGGAGAUAAUACAUAUGAAAAUUUUUAUCAUAUAAAACAAGAUAUUAGUAAAAAUAAAUUAGAGAAUAGAAAAGAAAGAAAUGAAAUAUCGUUAGUUAAUAAAUUUAGGAAAGAAAUGAACAUCUUAGCAAAAAGGGAGAAAUUAGUCGAUGUUAAUUUAAUGUAUGGAGAUAAUAAUUUAGAUGAUAAAACUGCAAGUGCUUCUAAUAUUAUUGAUUCUAAUUAUUAUUCUGAUUAUAUUAGUGAAAAAAAAAAUAUUCAUAAUUUUUCAGAAUAUAAGAUAAAAAGUGAAAAUAUAGUAGAAAAAAAUUUUGCUAAUGCAACAUACUUUAAACAACCUUUAACCAUUGAUAUUAAAAACUUUUUAAAAAAAAAAAAAAAAAAAAAAAAAAAAAAAAGGGGGACAAAUAUUAAUAAUGGUCAAACAAAUAAUAAUAUUUUAGGUAAAAUGGGUAACCUUUUAGCUUUAAAUAAAUAUGAAUAUAAAAAUAACGAUUUUAAAUUAGAAGAUAUGUAUAAAAAAAAGGAAGAGAAAAAUAAAAUAAUUAGUAAUGAAACUAGUAUGAUAAAUUAUGAUGAACAAACAAAAAGUAAUUUAGUGUCAGAUAUAGAAAAAAAGACAAUUUCUAACACAUCAUUUUAUGUAGCAGAUCAUUUUCAAAAAGUGACUAAUAAGAAUAACAAAAAAUGUAUAAAAGAUAAAAUAAAGUUUUAUCAAGUAAAUGAAUCAAAUAUUAAUAAGAGUAAUAUUGAUAUACAAAAAAUAAAUGAAAAUUGUUUAUACAAAGGCAAUACUUUACAUAAAAAAAAUAAUGGUGAUAGUGAUAAUUAUUAUUCCAUUGAAAAUUAUGUUGAUCAGAAUAACAUGUAUAAUAAAUAUAUAAAUUAUAAUUUAUAUUCCUAUGAUAAUAAUAGUAAUAUAAAUAAUAUCCAAAUAAAUGAUAAAACUAAUUUUAAAAAUUUCUUUAAUUCAAAAAAUUAUCCAUAUAAUAAUAAUAGGAAUCAUUUUAUCAUUAAUAAAAGGAAUAAAAAAUUUCAACAAAAUUGUGAUAUUAAUAAUAAUUAUAACUGUGAAAAUAUUAAUGGUGAAAUUAUAAAUUCAUCCAAAUGUAAUGAUUAUCUUUAUUUUUAUAAUGAUAAUGAAUAUUCUAAUAAAUUUAUUCCAUCAAAUAAUUUAUUAAUGACAUAUUCUAAUACAUCUAAUUAUGCAUAUACAGAUUUAAAUAGUGGUGUUUUUCCCAAUGUUCCUUUAUAUGCAUUACCAUAUAUAAAUUAUCAAUAUUAUUUAAAUAAUAAUAUAAAAAAAAUGUUUUGUAACUAUAACUCUAAUAACUAUAAUGAAGACAAUAGUAAUAUUAAUACUUAUCCUAACAUUAAUCUUAAUAACCAUAAUAAUCAAAAUUAUAGUAAUCAUAAUAUUCACAAUAAUAAUAAUAAUAAUAAAAUAAGUAAUAAGAUAAGUAAUAAUAGUAAUAAUAAUUCUACCACUUCUGGUAAUAAUAAUAAUAAGAUAAGUAAUAAUAGUAAUAAUAAUUCUACCACUUCUGGUAAUAAUAAUAAUAGAAGUAAUAAUAAUCAUAAUAAUUCUACCACUUCUGGUAAUAAUAAUAAUCAUAAUAAUAAUAGCAGUAAUAAUAAUCAUAAUAAUUCUACCAAUUCUGGUAAUAAUAAUAAUAAUAAUAAUGAUGAUGAUAAUGAUGAUAAUAAUGAUGAUAAUAAUGAUGAUAAUGAUGAUGAUAAUAAUGAUGAUAAUGAUGAUAAUUAUAAUAAUGAUAAUAAUAAAGAUAGAAAUGAUAAUACUGAUACUAUAAGUGAUCAAGAAAAAUUAAAAAGAAAUUUUGAUACAAUUAAAAAGAGUAAAAUGAAAGUAAAUAAUAGUGACAAUAAAUUUAACAAUGCAAAUAAAACAUUAAAAAAAUAUGAAUUUAAUAAUUCUACAAAUUCAAUCACUCUUACAUUAUCACAAAAGGAUAAGUGUCCAAAAGAUUGUAAUGAUAAUAAUGAUAGCAGUUCUAUGUGUGAUGAAUCAAAUUCCUUCAACAAAAAUAAAUAUCAUUGUAAAAUGGGUUAUAGUAAUAAUGAACAUUUAGAUAAACUUAAAUUAACAAAGUGUAAUAAAAAUAUAAAUAAUUAUUGUUCAACUGAAGAUGUAGAUAAUGAUAGAGAUAAUUUAUUUCCAUUAAAUGAUAAAAAUAAAAAAGUAAAUAAUAGUAUGAAUAUUAAAUGUAGAAAUAUUGAUUUGAUAAAAAAAAAGGAUUUGAAAAAUAAUAUUAUUAAUAAUCAUGAUUUUAAUGUUAACAAUUCAAAAUAUCUAAACCAAUUGAUUGAAAAUUCAUCUAUUCGUAGUUCCAAGUCAAAUAGUAAUGUAUACUCAAAUUAUUCCUAUCAAGAAAAAAGAAUUUUAAAUAAAUCAAAUAAUUCAUCUAGUAUGAAAAUUAAGUCACCUUGUUCAGAAAAUUCUUUUUAUUUAAAGGAUAAUUCAUCAAAUAAUAUUAAUCUAAGAAAAAAAAAAAAAAAGAAAAAGAAUUCUAAUAAUGACAAUAUUUCGACAGGUUAUAAUAUUACUACUAAUAAAUAUAACAAUAAUUAUAAUAAGAGUAAUAUAUAUAUAAGCAAAAAUAAAGUAGCAUCUAUGAAGAAUAAGAAUGAUGGAAAAAAAUAUAAAAAAAAGAAUUCAAUUAAUAUAGAUUCAACUUAUAGUUUUACAGAUAAAUUUGAAAAUAUUAAUAAUUCAGUACAAAAUAUUAAAGAAAAUAAACAAGAAAAAAAAAAUAAUAAUUUAGAUAAUAUAAUAAAAAUUAGUAACUCUAAUAUUGACAAAAACGUUUUUAAUUAUUCUUAUAAAAAUAAAAAUUAUUUUCCUAUUAAUUCAAAAAUUGAUAAUAACAUUAGUAAAGAAAAUAUAGAAGACAAAAAAUUAAUAAAUAAUUUGAAUCAAUUUAAUAAGUUCAAUAAUCUAUUGGCAAACAGACUUUCAAUAAACAAUUCUUUCUAUUAUAUGAAUAAUAAUUAUUUAGAUGAAACUAAUCUAUACAACCUUAAAAAUGGUUUCUUAUAUGAUGAUAAUAGAUACCAUGAAAAUUAUCAUAAUAAAUAUAGAUUCUUGAGUGAAGUUAAUUUUAAAAUUAAAAAGUCUAAAUUAUUAGAUAGAUUAAGUCAUGUUAAUACUUUAAAAAAAUAUGAUUUAAGUGAAAAUUACUUAAAUAAAGAUGAUUUUAAUGAAAAUGAUUUGAGUAUUAAUGAAAAUAAUGAAGAUUCUAUUAACAGUUCUUAUAUCCAUAGAAGAUAUUUUAAUCCGUCUGAUUUUAAUCCAAACGUUAAAGAAGGAAAUACAUAUAUAAAAAAUUAUGACUUUUUUUGCAAUAACUAUAUGAAUAAUAUUUUUAAUACAAAUAAAUUACAUUUAGAAUAUUUAAACAGUAAAAUAAAUAAUAAUUUACUUAAUAAAAAUUUUUAUAUCACUAUGCAUUAUAAUAAUAUGCAGAAUCUAUUUAAGAAUAAUAAUUUAUACAAUGCAAAUUAUAUGAAUGAAUUAAAAAAUAAUUACGAAAAUAGUCUUUUAUAUAUUAACUACACAAAUUAUCUUAACAGCUUAUAUUAUAUGAAUAAUAAAAAAAAUAAAUACUCCAUAGAUAAAGAAAGUAAUAUGUAUAAUGAUAAAAUGAGUGAUUAUCACUAUGAAAGAAAUAAUUAUAUUAGAAAUUCUCUUCCGAAUUUAAAGGGUAACAUAAAAAAUUUUAUAAAGCACAAUGAUAAUAAUGACGACAUUGAAAGAAAUACAAAUACUCAUAAUAAUAAUGAUAAUAAUAAUAACAAAGGUGAUAAAGAAAAUAAUGAAGAAAAUCAUAAAGUAAAUAAUAAUAGUAUAAAAAAUAAUGAAAUAAAAAGCAUAAUUCACAAAAAGUGUAUUGACUCUAAUUUUCAUAACGUAAGUAGAACGUUAGAUAAUAAUAAUAAAUACAAUAAAUAUUUAAAUAAAGGUAUAAAUGAAAAUAAUGAUUUUAUUAAUUGUAAUAAAAAAAGUGGUAAUAUAAAAGAAGAAAAUUUUUAUAAUAAUAAUAAAUUAAAUUUUCUCAAAAAUAACAAGAAUGAUAAAAAUCCAUAUAUUUCUACUAUGCAUAAUUAUUAUAAUAAGGAAUUUAAUUAUCCCAUUAAUAAUUAUAAUAACAGAGAUGAUUUAGAUAAGGAAUUUAUUUUUAAUAAUUACGAAUUUUUCACAAAGUGUAAUUUUUUAGGGAACUCAUUUAAUAAAAACUUCAAAUAUAACGAUCAUUUAUUUUUUUAUAAGAAUUUUAAUUUUAAUAAUAAAAUAAAUCAAUCAAAUAUACCCAAUAAUAUUUUUCCUGAAUAUAGUGAAAAUUUUUUAGAAUAUUCUCAAAAUAAAAAAAGUAAAUUUAAGUUUGACGAAUCAUACAAACAGAGAAUGUAUAAUUUCGAUAAUAAUAUACUUAACAAUAAUAUGUUGACUGGUUUUCCUAAUAUGAAUAAAGAAAUGUAUAACAGUUGUUUGUCUUAUUUUAAUUAUAAACAAUUUCUAAAUAAUAGUUUGUCUUUUUAUAAUUAUCAUAAUUAUUAUCCUUAUGCUAUUCCAUAUGGUAUGUUACCAUCAGGUUAUUCAAAUAUUUAUCCACAUAAUUGUAACAGAAUUUUAAAUACAAAUAAUUUUAAUAAAAAACAUUCAAAAUAUAAUUUAUAUCAUCCUGAUUCAUCAAAGAGUGAUGCAAAUAUUAAAGAAAAUGAAUUAUUACUUCAAGAAUAUUUAUAUUAUAAAAAUGUGGGUUCUGAUAAUAUUCCUUUUGAUAUUUAUAAUAAAAAUAUUUUUUGUGAUAAUGUAGAUAAAGAUAACAUAACAAAAAAUAUAAAUAAUUAUAUAAAUAAUUAUAAUGAAAUGAAUAAUGAGAAUAACAUUAAUAAAAGUAACAAUAUAAAAAAUUAUAGAAGAAUAAGAAGUGUCGAUUUGGAAACUAAAUCAAAAAAAUAUUUAGAUAAUGAAAAAAAGAAUCUUAGAAAUUUUAGCAGUCAAUCCAGAUUUAUAAGAAAAAAUAAAAUAUUAAAAAAAAGAUUUGAUAAAAAUAAAAUAAGAAAUAAAAGUAAUGAUAAUGAAAAUAAGAAUGAUAUGAAUAAUAUUAAUAAUAUUAAUAAAAAAAAAAAUGAAAACAUUAGAAACAAAAGUUAUGAUAAUAUAAAGAAUAUAAGUAGCUGUUAUGAGGAUGAAAAUAUUUUCAUUAAAAAAAAUAAUACAUAUAAUAUAAAUGAUGAUAAACAAAAUGAUAAUUAUAAAAAAGAUAAUAACAAUUUAAAAAGUAAUAUUAAUGAAAAUGAUUCUUUAAAACAAAAUAAUCUUAUAUACGAAAAAACAGUUAUAGAUAAAAGUUUAAAUAUGCCAAUUGAUUAUAAUAAGGUAUUUACAAAAAAAAUGUUAAAUGAUAAUAUAGAGAAAGAAAAUUGUGAAAAUAAUAUUAAUAAAAAUAAUAGAAAAUAUAAUUUUAAUGAUAUAAAAGAUGAGAAUUAUUUAGAAGAAAAUGUAAGAGAUGAAAAAGAUAAAAAUUGCUAUGAAAAUAACAAGAGAAUGAAUGAUAAAAAAAAAAUGAAAUGUCUUGAAGAAAAGCAAAUUUUAAAUAUAAAAGAAAACGUAUUCAAAAAAAUAAGAAACAUCAGUUGUAUCAGUUCAAGAUAUUAUGAAAACAAUUUAAAGAGAAGCUCUUCAUUUCACAAAAAAAGAAGAAGUGUAUCCUUAAAUAUAUUUAAUAAAGAAAAUAUAAAUUCUACUAUUAUAAAUUUUAUUGGGAAUUACAAUAUAUUAAAUGGAACUACAGAUAUAAAUGAAAAUGAAAUGGAGAAAAAGAAAAAUGAUGUAAAUAUAUAUAAAAAGGAUAUUUUUUUAUUAUUUUAUAAAACGGAAAGAAAAUUAAUGGAUUUAUUAAAAAAAGUAAAACCAUCUAAAGAUAUAAAAUUAACAAAACAGAACAUUUUUUUACUAUUAUCAAAACUAAUCAAACAUUUAUUUAAUAAUAAUACAAAUAUUUAUACCGUUGGUUCAUCAGCAUAUGGAGUUGAUUCAAAAACAAGUGAUUUAGAUAUAGUUAUUCAAACCAAUUUAUACAAUCCAAAAUAUAUUUUACAUAACAUUUACAAUUAUAUUAAUCAAAUAAAAGAAAGUAGUAAUAAUGCUGUGGUUGAUGAUGAUAAUAUUAGCAAUAAAAAUGAUCAUGUUGAAGAAUUUUCUUUUUUUAAAAAUGUAGAACUACAAUUAGUUGAUUCAGCUAGGGUUCCUAUAUUAACUUUGAAAAAAAAUAAAAUUGUUUGUGAUGUAUCAGUUAAUACAAAUAAUUCUUUAAAACAUACUGAAUUUUUUUUAAGUAUAUUAGAAAAUUUUCCUAAUUUAAAAAAUGUUAUGAGAAUGUUAAAGUUUUUAUUAAAAGUUAGAACAUUACCAUCUAUGAAACAAGGGGGAUUACCUACUAUUUUAUGGAUGAUGUUAUCAGUACACUAUUGUAAAAUUUCAAAGAAUAGAAAUGAUAUAAAUAAUAUGAAUAAUUAUUCAUUUAUUAAUUUUUAUAAUAGUAAUAUUCCAUAUAUUAAUAUUUGUAAUGAUAAUACAAAUAAUUUAUUUUAUGAAAAUUGGUUUUUAAAUAAAAGAGCUUUAUUUUUAAAUGAUUUAAAAAAAUAUGGACCCUAUUUUGAUGAGUUAAAAAAGAAUAAUUAUUCUGAAUAUGAAUUAUUUUUACAUAAUCUAAAAGUAAAUCAAAUUUUAAAUAAUAAUUUUCAUUAUUUUUCUCUAAUGAAAAAUGAUGUAAAUAGAUUCACUAAUAAUUGUUUAAAUUAUCCUCGAGAAGAGGAUAAUAAUGUAGAAUUAACUCAUAAAAAUUUUAAUUAUUUUAAUAACUUAAAUUGUAAUACAUAUUAUCAAAAUAUUCCAAUUGAAUACCCUUAUAAUUUUAAUUUAAAUUAUAUUAAUAAUAUAAAUAGAGAAAAGUUAGGUAAUAAUAUUAAUUUAGAUUAUUUUAAUAAUUCUCAUAUGCAGAAUUUUAAUAAUUAUAACAGAGAACAAUUUCCAUAUAAAUUAAUUCAUGAAGAAAAUAUGAAUAGCAGUUGUGAUGAUGACAAUUCUCAUUUACGUCAAAAUGGAGCAAAUUCAAUUAGAACUGCAUCAAAUUGCAUUAUAAAAAAUAUAACUUGUGAUAAAAAAGAAAAUAAUUUUUUUAAACACUCCAACUCUAAUAAUAAUAAUAAUUAUAAUAAUAAUAAUAAUAAUAAUAAUAAUAAUAAUAAUAAUAAUAAUAAUAAUAAUAAUAAUAAUAAUGAAUCAAAAAAUUACUGCAGUAUCAAUGAUGACAAAGAAUUUAUUAAUUCACAACUACUACAUAAAAAUGAAGAAGAUUCUAAGAAUAAUUAUGAAGAACAUACAAAUAUAAAUAAAAAAUUAAAAGAAAAAGAAAGCACUCAUAAUUCAAUUAGUAAUAGCUUAGAAAAAUUAAAUUACGUUGAUGUUGAAAAUGAUAGCAGAAAGGAUAAUAUAAAUCAUUAUGAAAAUAAUAUUCUAGAUGAUCAUAAUAAUAUAAAUUUAUUAAAUAGUAAGAAUUAUGAAAAUAAUACGAAUUUCGUAUAUAAUGAAAAUGAUUUAUAUGGUAAUUCAUGUAAUCUAUCUGAUUCUAAUUGUUCCUAUGUUGUUAGUCCAAGUUUAAUAGGAGAAUCAUUUAAUUUUAAUAAUAAUUAUUUUUCAUAUGAGGGAGUUAAUAAUAAAUUUAAAACAAAGGAAGAUGUAAAUUUAUUCUUUAAUGAUUUUUUUAAAAUUUCUUAUGACUAUAUAAAUAGAAUAUUUUCAAAAAAUGAAUAUGAUGAACUAAAUGAAAAAAACUGUUUAAAACACUUUGUUGAAUUUCAUAACAAAAAUUUGGAUAAUAUAUAUGAAGAAAAAAUUUCCGUUUAUUGUUCAUCAUUAUCCGAUUGUUCAAUUAUUAAAAGAAAAAAAAAAAAAGAAAAAAACAUUUUAAGAAAAAUGUAUAAAAACAGCAAAAUAUUGUCAAAAUAUAUGAAUUUUAUUGAUUUAAAAGAUAAAAGUGAUUAUUUUUUAAAUAAAAAUAAAAUUAAAGAGUGGCAUACUUUUUAUGAUAUAGAAGAUUAUAUAUAUGAAAAAAAAUUAAAUAAUAGUAAAACGUAUAAUGAUUUAGAUGAAAAUCAAACACAUGAUGAUGGCACUAAUGAUAAUGAGAGAAGAAGAGAUAUGAGCGAAAAUUAUAUAAUGAAUAUAUCCCCUUUAUUUUAUUCUUUGAUGAUAUUUUUUAAUGAAUUAAAUUCUAGAAAAAAGUUAAUGAAAACAAUAAACAUUAUUGAUGAUAACAAAUGUUAUAAAAAAGAUGUAAAUGAAAUUAACAAGAAAAUUUUAUCAUCAGUUUGUCAUGGAGGAGUGUGGGAUGAAUUAUUAACUCUAUAUGAUCCAAUCUAUAGUUUUAAUUAUGACACAUAUAUUAAUAGAACAAAAACAUAUAAAAAUAUUUAUAUGAACUACAAUUCAGUAAAUAAAAAUAUUGCUAAUUAUAAAUUAGUGGAAAAUAAUAAUAAUAAUUAUAUUUACGAAAAAAAAUGCGAUGAAAACAAUGAUUUCCAAAAUAAUAUAUAUUCAGAAAUUAAAAAUUCUAAAAAAAAUAAUGAAUAUAAUACUUUAAGUAGCCUUAAUCAAAUGAAAAAUGUAAAUGAUUGUGAUACGAAUUAUACUUUUGAUAAAAACCGAGUAAGUGAUAACAGUAACAGUUGUGAAAAUAAAAAUUACACUUAUGAAAGUAAAAUAGAAGAAAGAAAAGUAGAAAAAAUAAAAAUUAUACAUGAAAAAGAAAUUAAUAAAAACAAAUUAAUCGAUAGUGAUACAGAUAAAAACAUAGUGAACGAUAAUGAAUCAUAUAAAAAUAAAAUAAACAAUGAUAUCUCCACUAUAAAUGUAAGAAACUUUAGUGAUUCAAAUAAUGAUUAUUUUAACAAUGAUAAAAUAAGAAAAAAUAGCUUAAAUGAAAAUGAAUAUUCUGAAAAGAAUUGCAAUAAUAUUCAUAUUUCAAGAAAUAAUUUUACAUAUCAUCAAUCAUAUAAUCCUAUUUUUUCAAACAAUAUAAAAUAUUCAUUUGAUAACUCAAAUAUUUAUAAUAAAAAUAAUGUGUUUCCUUAUUAUUCCAAUGCAAGUAAUUUUAAUUUACAUAAAUAUUAUCCCAAUAAUCCAUUUUUAAAUAUUAAUUAUAUGAAUGCAAAAAAUUCUCCAAAUUAUAACUUUCAUUGUUUUAUGAAUUACAUGAAUUGUAAUUAUGAAUUAUUAAAAUCUCACAACAAUAUUAUGAAUUUCAAUAAUAAUGAAGAAAACAAUUUAGGAAAGGAAAACGAAGAAAUGUUAACAAAAAAUAAAGAUAAUAAAUAUGAAAAUUCUAACAAAAAAAAGGAACAUAUUAUAAAUAAAAAUAUUUCUGUUACUGCUGAUAAUACUACUACUAAUAAUAAUUAUGAAAUGCAAAAUAAAUUAUACAAUGAUUUUUUUUUAAGAGAUUUUUAUUUAAAUUCUUCUUUGAUGCAUAAUAAUUUAUGUGGAAUAAAUAUACCUAAAUUAAAUAGAGUAGAUAAAAAUGUAUAUCAAUCAAUUUUUUUUAGUAAUCCUAAUAUUCAUUUUAAUAGUAAUAUAAGUAAUUAUGUUUCAGAUGAGUUAGGUGUAAAGUAUAACAAUUUAAGUAAUAUUCCGAAUAUAAAAAAUAUUCCUACUUUUAAAAAUUUUAACAAUUUUGAAAGAAAAUAUGAGCACAAUAUAGAUUUAGCUAGUAAGGUAAGUAGCGCAACAUGGUUAAUUUACUUAUACGAAUUAAAAAGAGCGAGUUUCUUUAUUAAUUAUUAUUUUUAUCAUUUGCAUAUAUUUAUUAAAUUUAAAAAUUACUUUAUGAAUUAUGAGAAUAAUUAUAAGUUAUUUGAACUUAGUAAAUGGCACAUAAUAAAAUAUGAUGCAGAAAAAAAUGAUAAAAAAUUAAAAAAUAUAAAUUUUGAGAAAAAAGAUUUUUUUGAUAGUAAUAACUUAUAUAAUAAAACUUCGAUAUCCAUUAGUAAUAACGACACUUUUAAAGAUUUAGGAAAUUUACACGAAGUUAUGGGAAAAAAUGCCUAUAAAAUAAAUCAACAGAUAAAACAGGAAGGAUUAAAAGAAAAAGAAAAAUCAAAUAUUUUUUUAAAAAAUAUGAAAGAAAUUUUAAAGUGCACUAUUCAAAACCUAAAUUACUGUAUCGAUGCUUUAUUUGAAAAAAUAAAAGGAGAAAUAUAUACAUUCCCAUUUCAUAUACAAAGUGAAAUUAACAAUAAAAAUAAUUAUGAUGAUAUUAAUUUAAAUAGUAACAUUAAAUGUAAUUAUAGUGACACGAGUAACAUAAAUAGUAGCAAUAUUGUUAAUUUGAAUUAUGAUAAUUGUAAUGACAUAAAUGAUAAUUUGAAUAGCUAUGGUUUAGUAUUAAUUGAAGGGAAGCUGAUUUUUGUAAAAUUUUUAAAAAUUUGCGUUGAUAAGGAAAGAUUUUGGCAUGAAAAAUUUUUAUGUAGAAGAGAUAUUAGGACAGUUAUACAUGCUAAAGCUCUUGAUGUUCUUUUUAUUCCUAAUAAAAAAAUUAAAAAUAAAGCUAAAAAUUUAAGUUGUAUUUCAGAAAAUUUAAAAGAAAGCAUAAUUGAAAAACCUUAUGUUAAUAAAAAUAUAGAAACAAAUUUUAAGAACGAUGAUGAUAUAAAUAUGAAACAUUCACAAGAUUUUUCAUCUAAUAAUACUUUUAGUAUUGAUUCUAUUUUAUCAGAGGAAAGUAGAUCAGAUAAAGAAAAAAUGAAUACAAAAUUUUUCAAAUUAUCAAAAACAAAUAUUUUAAUUAAUGAAGAAACAAAAAAUAAAUUAAGUUUGGAUGAAGAUAAAAAAACAGAACAAGAAAAAAACAGUUUAAUAGACAAUUUUAAAAAUAACAUAAAAAUAUGGAGUUUUCAAAAAGCAAAACAAAAAGAAAAAUAUAGUAACUUUAUAUAUAAUUCAAAAAAUAAUUAUAUAGGAAUUUUAUUAGAGCAAAAUAAAGAUAAAAAAAAAAUUUUUAAAAAUGACAUUAACGAGUCAUCACAAAAAGUAGAAACAAUUAAUAUAAAUUCCAAAAAGAAUGAAGAAGAAAAUAUUUUUUUAAUUAAUCCAUGUAAUUUUGUUACAAGGGUUAAUGUUAAAACAGUAUAUGUAUCGGGUAAAAAUCUUAAAAAGAAUUUAAGAGAUACAAUUUUUGAAAAAGAAAAUUUAUCUAAAAAGACUAUGGAAGAAUUAAAAAUAAAUAAAAAUAAAAUUCCAAAAGAAAAUGCACACACAAAACUUGAUAUAAUAGAUAAAAAAGAAAAAUAUAUUCAAGAUAUGAAUAACGAAGAUAAAGAAGAGGAUGAUAAUUUUUACUGCAUAAAAAUAAUAACAAGAGAUGAAAUAAUGAGAUAUAAAGAAUUAAUAAGAAUUAUGAAAACAUCACCUUAUUAUUAUAAAAAUGCUAAAAAAAUUUCAAAUUUUACCCAUACUCCUUUACAGCAACCAGUAAGUAUAUGUAAUUUUUGUAAAAAGAGAGGAAUUUUCAAUAUUAAAACAAAUUGCUUCCAUUUGUCUUCUCUUGAUUCAAAUAUAAAGAAUGAAAUAAAUACAUUUCUUUAUAAUUUGUUUUAUGAAAAUAAAAAAAGAAUUGAUAAUGAUAAUAAUAUUUUGCAUAAAAAUGAAUUAUAUAAUAAAACUGAAUCAAUAAAUAUUGAACAUAAUUCAUUAAAUCAAGAAAAUUGCAACACAAAGAAGCAUAAAAAAGGAAAUGAACCAUAUAAUAUAGAACAAAAAAAAAAUGAAGUUAACAAUAACAUUAUAAAAAAGGAUGUAAAAAACAAUAAUGAUAAAUUAGCGAAAGAUAAAAUAAAAAGAGAUAAGAAAAUAGAUAAUUAUAUUAAAGAAAAAGGAGAAAAUAAAAUACAAUCAUCUAAUGAUAUAAAUAAUAGAAAAAUAGAUAUAUAUGAAGAUAAAAUAAAUGAUAAGUUGAUAUUAAAAAAUAAUGGUGAAUCAACCUUUGAAAAUAAAUCAAGUUCAGAUAAUGAUGAAAUUAAUAGUAGUAUUAUAAAGGAAAAGAGUAUUGUAUUAAGUGAGAGUGAUACUACUAAAAAAAUAAGUUGUAGAGAAAAUUCUAAUAAUGAAGAAAGCAAACUAACAAAAAAAAAAAAAAACAGUUUGAAUAUUAAUUACAUUAAAGAUACUCAAAAAGAUGUGAACAAGAAAGAAAUUCUAAAUGGGAUCUGUAAAAAUAUUAAAAAUGAUAUAUAUAUAAAUACUAAUAAAAAAAAAAAUUGGAGUUCAAGAGAAAAGGAGAUUAAAAAAAAUCCUUUUUGUGAUAAAACAAAUUUUAAACAUUUUAUUGAAUGUUCUCAAAAAAUUGGUAAGAAGAAAAAUUAUGCAAAUAAUUUUAAUAACAAUGUAAUUAAAAAUAAUUUUUCAGAAUACAAUGUUCUAAAAGAAAAAGAAUUUUUUAGUAAAUUUAAUGAAAAUAAUUUAGAAGAAAAAAAAAAUAAUUGGGAUUUUCAUAACACAAUUAUGAUAAACAGUGAUAUGAACAAAUAUAUAGUUAAAGAAAACGGAGAUCAUAAUAUUUUUCUUGUUAAUAAAAAUGAUUUAAAAGAUACCAACUUAAGUAAUAACUUAAAUAAUAUAAAUAGAAAAAACAACAAUUUUAUAGAAAUAGAAAAUAAUAGUUUACUUUGUUUUAAUAAAUUAAAAGAAAAAAUACAUAUAAAAGAAACACAAAAUUAUACACUAGAAACAUUAAAAAAAAUUAAAGAUUUAAAAAACAAAAAAAAAAAAAAAAAGAAAAAUCAAAGUUGA